UGUAAACAGUGUGAACUGGUCUGGACGCGGCUGCGGACGUCAUGGUGGGAACCGACGCAUCCAAUCGCUCUGUGAACAACGAGGCCUACGUGCCAGACGUGCCGGCUGCGAGCUGUCACUCACAGGAAUGGAUCCGCUCUUUCAUCACCGCUAUCAGAACACUGAGGGUUCGAUUCUGGUUUAUUGACUGGUCUUAAUUUUUGGGGAUGCUUGUCUACUGGCUGUUCGUUCUGAUGUUUACAUUCAUUUUUAAUUACCGAAUAACUUUAGAGCAAACUCAAACUUUGUGCACGUGCCAGUGUGGGGGUGGGGCGCACAAGGGGCUCGAGGCCCCGUUCGGGGGCCAAACGGGUUACCAGGCAGUGUAGAGCGCGGAGGACGUGAGCUGAAAUUUCAUUGGUUCAGAAGUACAGUGGGCGGGGCGUGAGGAGGGUGGUAUUUAAAGCUUUGUUCCAUUGUUGCGAGUGUUUUCCAGCUGGUUUGGGGAUCGGGAGGAGGAGGGCAUCCGCUGUCGGGGGAACACCGUAGCACUUGUUUCGUGAUUUUUUUAGUUUUUUUUUUCUGAACAUGUCGUUCUCAUUCAAUCAUUCUCUGGACGGAAGCUUUCCCCCUUCUCCGGCCGAGGACAGGGGUCCAAAUCGGCUGUCCUGGGGCAGCUUGGUGCAGAAGCUGACCGAGCUAAAGGGACUCAACCAGCGGGUCACGGCGGAGCAGGGCUGCGGGAGUGACACCGGCUCCCUGGCAGACAUGUCCCUGACAGAGUCCGACAGCAGCUUCUUUUACCCCCUGGAGGAGACAUUGGCUGCAGAGGUCGCAGCAACUAUCUCAGAGAGUCUAAACAAUGGAUCCCACAUCUUGGGUUUCUCUAAACUCAUCCUGCCCGACUGUCUGCUGCACAGCAUCAGCCAGGAGCUGCUCCACCUGGCCGUCUCUGAGCCCUGUGGCCUCAGAGGAGCACUUAUCGACCUGUGUGUGGACAAAGGGGACCAGGACGAUCUGUGUACUGUGGACCAGAUCGCCGUGGACACAGCCCUCGUCCCAACCUUCCAUGUGACUCUGGUGCUGAGGCUUGAGUCUAGUGGACUGUGGCCCAAGGUUCAGAAUCUCUUCAAGGGUAACACGUCCAGGCAGAUGUCUCCAUUGUCCCAGAGGCACAAAAACACUCUCAGGCUGAGUCGGGGCUUCAGAGCCAUUAAGAGGAAACUGUAUUGUUCAGGGGAGCUGCUUAUUGAGGAGUGCUGCUGACAACACCUCCUCAUUAUAAGCAAAUCUGAAUCCCUUUGGACUGUGAAAAUCCAUCUGUCUUUGUAAGACAAUGCAUUAUGACAUCAGCAAAUCUGACAAAAGUCAUUUGACGUUUAACACUUAACUAAAUGACAAGUACUUGAUGUUGUUUAUUAUUCAUGUAUAGAAGAUUUCCCCUGGAAACAGUGUGCACUGACUCAUGGCAGCUACUCACCUAAAUACAGGUGUCUCAUAUCGGAACUUGGAUUUGUUUUUUUCCAGUGAAUGUAAGGUCAACACACCCUAAGGGGAAUGACUGCAUUGUAAUAUAUUUGACAGUCAAAUGUUAUUACUUGAAACAUCAAUUUUUUUGUAACGGCUGAAGCAUGAACAAAUAAAUUAUUGUUUUUUAUAAUUAA